CAGAUGUAACACGCACACGUGCAGCUUCGCAUCAGUAUUGAUGAUGAAGAAUGAUUGUUGCACAUGGACCAAGCGAAAUCCCGAAAUGACUCAAAUCCUGUUUCGGCCGACUCCGCUUUCAAUAAUCCUUUCGAAAAACGCGAGACUCGAUGAGCGUGUUGCAACGCCACCUACGGCUACCAUGUGCUAGGAUUCAACAUAUUUCGGCUCUGAAAAUGCGUUGGUCUUCAUCUUCGCGAUCAACUCAGUCUGGUCCCCCAAGAACGGCGGACGACUCGACGUCUGCUCUGACUUACAAACAAAAGCACUUGUCGCGACCACCACCUCUCCCCGCUACCGAUCUCCCAAGAGCGCGAAGUGCAGAAGAGGCAGUGACGAAUAUUCUGUACAAUACGCCUCCCCCGAGUUCUCAACCAUUCAAGAAACACAUUUUAAACUGCCUUGUUCAGAAUGAACCGGGUGUGCUUUCUCGAAUCUCAGGGACACUUGCUGGGAGGGGUUUCAAUAUUGAUUCGUUGGUCGUAUGUCGAACUGAGAUCCGAGACCUCAGUCGAAUGACUAUCGUUUUGACCGGGCAAGAUGGUGUCGUCGAACAGGCCCGACGCCAACUAGAAGACCUCGUGCCUGUCUGGGCUGUUCUUAAUUACACCAACACCCGCUUGAUUGAACGGGAACUCCUGCUUGCAAAAGUGUCCAUCCUCGGUCCAGAGUACCUAGCAGACCAACUCGUUGGUGGACCUUCGCACGAGCCCAGCAGGAACGCUGAGGGUUUCAUGCAUGACCGCGAGAGUGAAGUGGCUGCCGAGAAACUUAGGAGCGAAAUGGUCCUCGCUGAAACAUUCCAGCAUAGCGGUCAACAGCAGCCGCAGCCUGCAUCGGCCGAGGCUCGUACACUGACACCAUCGGAAGCCCUCCGGAUAAAACACCAACAUCUCAGCCACAUUCGCAAUCUAGCGGAUCAAUUUGAUGCCAAGGUUGUAGACAUCAGCGAAAAUAGUGUUAUUGUUGAGAUGAGUGGGAAGACGAGUCGCGUAGAGGCGUUCUUGUCAUUGCUGAAGCCUUUUGGCCUCAUUGAGUCAGCCCGAACAGGUGUGAUGGUAAUGCCUCGGACACCUUUACCAAGGUCUCUUGAAGAUGAAGAUCCCACAAGCAUUUCGGAUGCUGUGGAUGCCAGCCUCCUCCCCCCUGGCUGAAGAUUAUUGUUAGUUUCUGUGCUAGGCUUUAAAAGUGUCUAUCAGGCUAUCUCAUGAUGGCAAGAUUGUCACCAUAUUUGUACACUUUUGGGAUGUUGAGGGACGAUAUUAAUGUUAGUAACGACUAUCGAAUCCAUCUUCCUGGAGCGACCUUUGCAGAGCAGCUGGCCUAAUUUAUUCGCGAGGCAAACCAAUCGAUUGAAAUGAGGUAUCAAC